GUUGAACAGCUUUAAUAUGGUGUCUGACGACUUGGAAGCAAACGGGUCCCACAAGAUACGACAGACUCUCCUGGCGAAGUCUAAACUUAAAGAAGCCAGCAGAAUAUCUACUCUUCUCUCAGGUUUUGCGAUGGUAGCGAUGGUGGAAGUAGACCUGACAUCCACCAAGUGUAACCCUGGUGAUAACACGUGUGAAGCUGUGGCAGUGCCUCCCUACAUCCUCAUACUCUUCUCUGUAGUCACUACUGUUCUUAUUUCCGUUUAUUUGUUUGCUCUGAUGGUCGCUACCUGUAUUCUACCUAAUCUUCAGACAGUAAAGACUGAUGCGAAGUCAGGUUUUGUUGGUGGUGGUAUUAUCCCAGCUCACGAGCGGUUUCAACACUACAUAACAAUAGCUUGGGCUUUCUCGACCGUGCUAGGUAUCAUCAUGUUUAUGGCGGAGUUUGGACUGAUCUGCUGGAUAAAGUUCUGGACAGCAUCACAGGCUGCAGCAUGGGUCGCCACGGCCAUACUCAUACCUGUCGCUUUCAUUUUCCUGGGAUUUGCUUUACAUUUUCACAGGUCGUUAUUGGAGCACAAGAUAGAAGAGCACGACAAGGGACUAAGAGAGCUGGACGAGCUGGCACAAAACCUGGACAACUUCUCCGAGGAUAGGGACAGUGUGGACAGUACGGCGCUUAUGUCCGGUCACAACAGCAAGGGCAAUAUAAAGCACGUGUGAUGAUCACGUGUUUGCGCACGUGUUUGUGAAAGCGUGUCACGUGUUUUUCAACGUACAGAACUGAAAACUCCAAUAUCCAACUCGUUAAGAACGUAUAAUAAGUUUGUUAUUAGUUUCGGAUUUGAAAUUAGAUAUUUAUUACAAUUUCUUUUAUUGUGACUCCAUAUUAUAUAAUUCUUAUUUCUGACAGUUAUAUUAUUCUGAAUUGAAUUAAUCUAAAUGUUAAGCUGUAUAGCUCCGAGUUUGGUGCUUGAAGGGCAAAAAAUCCGAGAUUUGAUGAAGUGGACUGCAUUUUAUGUUUUGUUGCGCGCUCUUAUUUCAAUACAAAUUAGUUCAUUCUUUACACAAUCCAUCAAAGAUAUUGAUCACUCAUUUAUCUUUAACAUUUCGUUUCAAACUGCAAUUGUAUAAAUACUAAUCAUCAAUGAAAGUGAGCAUUGAGCACUAAUACUACUACAACUAUGUCGGAACUAAGUUCGAUCUACGCCAGAUAACCCCUCCAUAUAUCCCUGUCCCGCAUCAGGGUUCGCAGUUCCUCUUUAGAGUUUGUCCUAACUCCUUCAGUAACAUAGACAAGUAGCUUUGUCUUGGUCGGCCUUGCUGUUGUGCAAACAAGGUAUUGAACAAGUAUUUAUCUCUGGGUUUAUAAUUAGCUGUUAGAUAUUUAUAACACUUUUUAAUGAAAUUACUUCUUUGAAAUCAAAAUAUGUGUAACUUUGUGUUAUCGAUAUAAAUAGAAAUUCAUCGUGAGGCUAAUUUUUCUACCAUAGCACCUUAGCGUAGUACAAGCACGUAUGUGUUAUCUCUGAGUUAGUUAUAAAUUAAUAGCUUUAAUUAUAUAUCAAUUAAUUAUAUAUUGUAUUUUACAAUCAUUGGCGUUCCAUUCUUGUUUAUUCAGAUUUCAUAAUUUAUUUCAAUUUUAA